AUGGCUGGAGGUACCAGCAUCUGGGCAAGCCAGGAGGCCAGAACGGAUCCCAGGCAAAUCUUCAAUGGAAGACUAGUCUAUCUUCUGAUCACUCUUGCGUGGGCAGGCUGGUUCUAUGGAUUUGACACGGGAAAUAUCGGGGGCAUCCUUACAUUGCCCUCAUUUGAACAUGCAUUCGGACUAGACAAGUUGUCCACGGCAGAGCUUGAUAGUCGAAAGGGAACCAUCGCAGCGAUGCUCGCAGCCGGUGGCUCAGCUGGCUCUCUCUGUGCAGCCCCAACCGCCGACUUCCUAGGCCGCAAGUGGUCUGUCUUCCUAUGGGGAUCUGUUUUCGUCAUCGGUGGUGUAAUGCAAAUGAUCGCCGACUACAAAGUACUCAUUGCCGGUCGCUUCAUCGGCGGGAUGGGUGUUGGGGCCAGUUCCAUGCUGUCGCCACAAUUUCUGGCGGAGAACUCACCAAAAUCAGUGAGAGGAUCAGCAACAGCCAUGUACAACCUGAUGAUUCUAGCGGGCUUAAUGGUCGCCUUCUGGAUCAACUACGGAGUUUCCUUGUGGUCAUUCCCUGGUGUUGAGCAUGACAAUACUCAAUGGAGAACGGCAAUGGGGAUCCAACUGAUUCCUGGGGUCUUGAUGUGCCUGAUGAUUCCUUUUGUUCCAGAAACGCCGCGUUAUCUGAUCAACCAUGGAAAGGAAGAGCAGGGACUGAAGAAUCUAUGUCGACUGAGGAAGCUCCCUGCUGACCAUCCUUACAUCCAGACGGAAUAUCAGGAAAUUGUAGCCCAGGUCAGAUUCGAGCAAGAAUGCCAUCAGGGACACAGCUACUGGGUCGUUCUUCAAGAUAUCAUUUUCAUCAAAAGCAAUGCCCGACGAUUUUUUCUUGCGGUUAUGCUGUUCCUCUUCCACAAAUUCACUGGCACUGACUCUUUGAAUUACUAUGCCCCUGAGAUUUUCGAACUCAUCGGCGUCAACGGAACGUCAAAUAGCCUCCUUACUACAGGCGUCUACGGGGUCGUCAAAUUCGUCGUAACGAUCUUCUACGUCACCUACCUAGUCGAUCGUGUCGGUCGUCGUCGGCCACUUCUCGUCGGUGCCGUCCUCCAGGCAACCGCCAUGCUCUACCUCGCCCUCUACCUCCGCUUCGCAGGGACCAAUACCAGCACCGUCGGCGGAACACCAGCUGGUGGCAUUGUCGGAAUAGUCUGGAUUUAUAUUUAUGCCUUUGGAUGGUCUUUCGGACACAGUGUGGCGUGCUACAUUGUGGCGGCCGAAAUAUUCCCGACCAGAAUCAGAUCAGUCUGUAUGGGCUUCUGCUUCUUCGUCAACUGGAUCGUUGACUAUGGUAUCACCCGAGCUACACCAGACAUGAUCACGAACAUGGGGUGGGAAUUAAAAGGAAGGUCUAUCGAGAGUAUCGAUGACUUGUUCCAGAGACCAUUGUGGACUAUGUGGCGACAUGCGUAUCCAACCGAAGAAGAGAAAGUGCGGCAGGGAAUUCCACAAGUAGCUAAGGGGCAGACGAAUGAUGAAGGGGAUAAGCAAUCUGUGGAUCAUGUUGAACGUGUCUAG